AUGGCAAGAUUGAAGUACGUUUUGCCGGAAGAGAUGGUUAUUGAAAUACUUUGUUGGCUUCCUGUAAAGACAUUGCUCCGCUUUAGGUCUGUUUGCAAGUCAUGGCUCUCCAUUAUAUCCCAACCCAAUUUCAUUAAGGCUCACAUGGAUUACACCCAAAUUAAGCCUAAUAAGAAUGCUUCACUACUAUGGAUAAUUUUUGGGACACUUGAUGAUCAACGGCUUAAAUUUGUCUCUAAAGACUCUGUAUAUUAUCUUCCAAAUAAACCACACCGUUUUGAAAUUGUUGGUUCGUGUAAUGGUAUUAUUUGUCUACUAGUUGACAAAAUACGUUUUCUCCUCUGGAACCCAUCAACUAGGCAAGCCAAAAGAACAACCAAAAUUUUGAAGAAUCAGAGGGCUUGGAAUUGUAUGUAUCAAGUUCAUCAAAUGGCCUUUGGUUUUGAUUCUCUCUCUAAUGACUACAAAGUUAUUAGGUUUUUAGGUCCAUUCACUCAUAGAAGGCCUUUUAUUACUCCUAUCUUUAACGCUGAUAAUUUUGUACCAGUUUUGCAGCUAUAUUCCGCAAAUACUGAUGCUUGGAAAGAGAUUCAUGUUUGUGAUACGUCCAUAGCUAGAGAGCUGCUUAAGCUACGUUUGAAAUUUGGUCCUGUCAUUGAUGGAGUAUUGUAUAUGGGUAAUAAGGCACGGCUUGUUUCAUUUGAUUUGCACUAUGAGGUGUUUACAGUGCUCGCAUUCCCUCGUUCUAGGUUAUUAAGGUCUGAUGUUUUGGAAUUUAAUGGCUCUGUUGCUGUAAUCCAAUCAGAUGUGAAUGGCUCGAAAAGUCUGUGGACACUAGAUAAUAUUCAUGGCCAAGUCUCUUGGACUAGAAAGUUCAUUAUGCAUGAUAGGUUACCAUGGAUAAAGUCUUACUUGGGUAGUGGACUUUUUUGGGGCAGAGAAGGGCCAUACUACAGUCUUGUAUGA